AUACAAAUAUAAAUGUUGAAUGGUACUGCAUUUUAACUUCAACUUUAUGUAUCACUCUCCUUUACAGCGCUACCUAUUGAUUUUAUUCAGCACUGCUCAAGUGGACGAAAUGUCUAUUGUGACGUUUAAGCGACUGUAAAUUAUAUAUUUUCUUUCAUUUUAAUUGCACUCCGCUAGGACAAAAGCUUUGUCAACUUCAAGAUUCAGUGUAACUGUAACCUAUAGCGGCUGGACUUUUAUUCUGCUGUGGUCACCAUAAACGUAACAACGGAUAGGCAGAGAGGAUCGGGGAGUGCUUCUCGAUGCUCCGGAGGAAGGGACGAACCCCCUCGUCCAGACGCCGCUAGCGUAGGCUCUUCCGCCCCUCGCAGAUGGGUACCUCCAAGCAGCAUUAAACGAGAUGCAACCUCCCUUGAAGAAAAAAAUGACCAAGUGUUCCGACGAGUACGAGGCAUUCUUAACAAACUCACGCCUGAGAAGUUCCACAAGCUGAGCGAGGAACUCCUCAGCGUUGGACUUGAUUCUACCCAAAUUCUUAAAGGUGUCAUAUUACUGAUCUUCGAUAAAGCUCUAGAUGAACCGAAGUACAGUUCUAUGUAUGCAUUGCUAUGCAGGAAAUUGUGUGAAGAAGCUCCAAACUUUGAUCUCCCUUCAAAUAAUACUGGUAGUCACAACAGCAAUACAUUCCGUCGCCUUUUGUUAGCCAAGUGCCAGGACGAAUUUGAAAACAGAAGAAAAGCAAGUGAAGCCUUUGACAAGAAAGAUGGAGCACUCAGUGCUGAAGAGGAGGAGCAAAGAGGAGUUGCUAAGCACAAGAUGCUGGGCAACAUCAAAUUCAUUGGUGAGCUGGGGAAGCAGGGCCUGUUGCACGAGGCCAUCCUUCAUCAGUGCGUGCAGCAGCUCUUGGCCAAGAAGAAAAGGCAGACAUCCAAGGACGUGGCUGAAGACCUCGAGUGCCUCUGUCAGAUAAUGAAGACUGUCGGCCACAGGCUGGACACAGACAAAGCCAAAGCACUGAUGAAUCAGUAUUUUGAAAGAAUGCAAGUAUUUGCAUCAAACUUUGAACUGCCUUCUCGUAUACGCUUCAUGUUGCAAGAUGUAUUAGAGCUGAGACAAAAUAGGUGGAUACCUAGGAGAAUUCUGUCUGAGCACGGUCCUAAGACCAUCCAACAGGUGAGAGAUGAUGCAGCAAGGGACUUUGGGUCGUAUCUUCCGAAUCGCAACAUGAACUCUCUUCCUCCUUCCACUGGCAUGCUCAACAUGAGCAAACUUCGCUCUGGAAUGGAUGAUGUCUUCAGCCCCAUUCCUAUUGGUGUUGGAUCUCUAGGUACUGGACCUGGUGUAAUUUCUACUGAUACUUUCCCCAACUAUUCUAGUAACAUGGGUCGUCCUUCCCGUGGCGGAAUGGGAGGAUCCGGAGGAUUUCUGACUGGAGGUUCAUCUCAGCCGUUCUUUAACAGUAAUCGUAACAAACAGUUUCCUAAUCGUGACCAUGACCUCUUCCCAGCUUAUCAACAGCAGGCAAGACAACAAAAUCAGAACAACCAAGUAGGAUUUACUGGAACCUCAUCCAACCGAGACUUGCCUCCUCGCUUCCUGAAAAAGACACUUCAACCUCACAACGCAGACGAGAUAAGUUUGCGUCCUGCCCAGAAUUCUAUGAUGGUGAAAAGCAAGCAAACUGCUCAGUUCACCAAAGCCAACUCCAAUUCCAACAGUGUGAUGACCAACUCUAUUCUGAGGGACAACUCACCAAUCAUUCCAACAAAUGCUCCGUCAAACCCUGUUCUCAAAGAACCACCAUUAAUUGUAAAACAAGUGACUCAAGACAAAAAUAAAGCAAAUAAGCAUAUUCCAUCAAAAGAAGAAGUUAUGAAAAAAAGUGAAAACCUUCUACUAGAGUAUUUAAAAAAUCAAAAUAUUGAUGCUGCUGUCAAAACUUUCAAAGAAAUGAGGAUGCCAAAAAAGUAUGCUAGUGAUGUGAUGUUGAUGAUGAUGAAACUAACCAUUGAGAAGACAGAGAGCGAAAGAGAACUUCUCAGCCAAUUGCUCAGUGAACUCAAAAAAGAGGGUCAAUUAAAUGGAAAUCAGGUGAUGGACGCUUUAAAGUGUAUAUUUCAACAGAUGUCAGAUUUAGAGGCUGAAGUUCCUCGUGUCAAGUCUCACGUUGCUGGCUUUGCUGCCAGGGGAAUAUCCAGUGACGUGGUCAGCUUGUCCCUGGUGGCAGAACCUCUGGAAGGUGGGGCACACUACCCCCUCUUCCUUCUCUGUCUGCAACAGUUACACAAAUCACAAGGCCGCAAUUGGUUGCAGUCUACUUUUAACCAGAGCAAGAUUAACCUACUUUCUAUGCUUCCAGAGAUUGACCGAACGAAGGAGAGACUGGCUGACAUCCUGGAGGACAGGGGACUGAGCUUCCUUUUCCCCCUCCUCCGUAUCCAGGCAGAUCUCUGGAAACAGAUGCAGACAGAUCCCAGCCCCACCUCUCUCUACAGGUGGAUCAAAGAAACCAUCGAUGCCUCUCAACACACUGUGCCUGGAUUUGUGAGCGCCCUUGUCUCAUGCAUGAUCAAGUAUAUUACUCAAGAAACUACUCUUGCGGAUGGAUUAGAUCAUUCAAGUGUACCAGAUAAAAACAUACUUGACAAAGAAAAAGAAAUGUUAGAUAAAUUCAAGCCUGUGUUCCAAGCAUUUUUACAUGAGCAGCCAGGACUGCAACUGGUUACGUUGUAUGCCCUUCAAGUUCAUUGCUACAACCAUGGAUUUCCUAAAGGUAUGCUGCUAAGGUGGUUCAUGAUGUUUUAUGACCAAGAGGUGAUAGAGGAAGAGGCCUUCCUGAAGUGGAAGGAGGAUGUCAACGAUGAAUACCCUGGAAAAGGAAAAGCUCUCUUUCAAGUGAACCAAUGGCUGACUUGGCUCGAAGAAGCAGAAGAAGAUUCAGAUGACGGUGAAAAUUAAUGAAUGAGGAUUUUCUCACAAAAUCCACUAUUUCUCGCCAAACACUGAAAAUGUGGAAACUUCUUUCCUUUUCCCAACCUCACUCACUACUUGCGAAAUAUUAACUCUUUUUGCAUAUCUAUUCCCCCCUCCCUUAUCAUCUCUUUAAAUCAUUUGGAAAUGAGUUUCUCUUCUUUUUCUUCUUUUAUUCCUCUGGAACUAUAUUUAACAUUCUUCUUUUAUUUUCUAAAGAGGGAGUUUCUUUCAUGCUCACCAGAUGUGUGUCAUUGGUUCCAUCUUAUCUUUAAAAAAAAAUUAAAAAAAACUUUUUCAUAAAGAUCUUUUGGGUGGCAGCAUUUAACCUGAUUAAUGACGAAGAGGUGUUGUGCUGCUCCUGCUGCUUGACUCUACAAACAUAACUCUAGAAAUAACGAACGAAAAAGGAAAAAAAAACUUCAAAUUUAAUACAAUCCUGAGUUUUUCUUAUACUUGGAGUCAUUUUAACUCCUUCUUCUGUGCAUUAUAUGUUAACUUAUUUUGGUCGUAGCUCUUGUUAAAAAAGAACUCUUUAAACUUAUUUGAUAGUAACUAACAUAAGGGCUAUCUUUUGACUUAUUUUGGUCUAAACUCUUAUUGACUUAAGUACAUUUUAAUUUAUAAGUUCAAGCAAUUGUGGUUUGUGUGUUAACUCAAUGAGCAUACCUACUAAACAUACUUUAAAUCUAAGAACAGAAUGAUUUUUUGCAGAAAAGCUCUUUAAGUAUAUAAUUCAUCAAGUCAACAUAUUCACUCCAACUUGCUUUUAAAUGAAUUUUUACACAGAAAUGUUAUAAUACCGUGUGUUGCCAUUGUGUUUUGUUGGUAUGCUCUCUUGAGUUGAAAUGAUGUUUAAAAGAUGACAAAGGUAGUUAUCUCUAAUUAUGUAAAAAUUUUGAAUAAUUAUAGUUAUGUUUUUUAUGUUUUUACAAAAAAGUAAAAAUUAAAUUUGUAUCCCUACAGCUAAAAAGAAAGGGUAAAAAAAUUUCUUUGAUUUUUAGAAAAUUUUCAUUGCUGUCAUGUUUUUAAAUUUUUAUCAAAUAAUUCAAUCAUGUUAAUAUAUUUUAAUUAUUGAUUACUAUAAAUCAAUUAUGAGAAAUCGAGAAAAGGAGUUGUGUGUGCAUUUUGUCCUUCUCUGCAGGCAGAUUAUUUUAAAGAGGAAAACGUUGUGAAAGUGAAUCUGAAUUUAAUUUAGCAUUUGUGUGUGUUUUUAUGCAACAUUAUUUAUCAAAACGUCCUCCCAACGCAUCUCGUUUGUGUGUGUAAUCGUCUUUUCGGAAUGGAUUUUAAUUGUUUCAGAUUUUUCUUUCUUAAGUGAGUUGCCUAUCAAAGUAUUGUUUUUAUUAUUGAAUUUGACCUUUGACAGAUGUAACCAAUAUUUAAAGCAUUUUUUCAUACGAUUAUAUUGAAAUAAACAAUUCGAUUAUAGUUAUGAUAAACUGUUAAAUUGUAGUGAUGAUAAAAAAUAAAAGCAAUCAUAUUUGUACUUCAAUAAAAAAAUUACCUUUCAAGUA